AUGAAGAAAAUUUUUAACGAUUCACACGUAAAACUAAUGGCAGAUUUUCUAUCCAAGAAUCUAAAUUCAAUACUUAGAUCCUCAGUUCCCAUUGAAAAACAAUCUAGAAAGCUUCUUAUUCUGAUGGAUAUCGACCAGCUGGAAAUACUUGAGCUGCAUUCUUCAAUUGGAAGCUUGAGCGAAUGGGAGGUUGAUGAGCAGCUGAAGAAGUUCGGGUUUUUAUCGAAGAUAAAUUUAUUUGAAAAGAAAGCAAUACUGGCCGAUCUUAUAAAGAAGAGACUAAUAAAGGUUAUUUCCUAUAACAACAGCUUAGUUGACUAUGAAAAUCUACCAGAAAAUGCAGACUCUCAGCUUGUAUACGCCCUCCUGAAACAUCUACAUGAAUAUAGCAAUAGGCCAAUUCCAAAAUCUGAUAUUCCCCAGAAAUUUUAUCUGCCCGAAUUUAGUCCAAGAUAUCCAGAAAGACGACCCACCCAUCUCAAUAUCUAUAACGACGCCACAUUCUUUAAGCAUCUUUCUGAUGAGGUGUUGCCACAGAUCGCGGAGGAAUGCACACCUGGUCUUUCCCUCAAGGAGCGUAGGAGGCUUACCAAAAGGACGUUUUACAGCAACGAACGGUUUCCAAACAGGACAAACGAGCAUUCAAUAAAAGAUUUUUUGAAUGAUCCAAACGUUACUUUAAGGAAGAAGAAAGCAUUGUACUACGAACCAUCGGUCCCAAUUAACUAUAAGACAGACCAGAAAAUAGAACUGCCAAAAAUUUCGCAUGAACUCAGAAUGAUAGAACCUGAUGUUAAUCCUGACUUGUAUGAUCGGUUUGACCUCCGAGAGUUUGUUGAUCAAACACUGUUCACAAACAACAACAUUCCAAUUCCCACGCGGCCAAGACAUUCUUCAAUUGCUGAGUUUAGAGUGAAUAUUAAAGGAUAUCACAGUUUUGUGAGGUUUCUACAGCAACACCUUUUUAGACUGAUUAUUAGCCAGGACAAGUAUAUUUCGGCUGCAGAUGCUGAGUAUAUAGCAAAGGAGAUACAGGCAUAUUUGACAUUAGCUGAGCUUGAAUACUUCUACGAUGUUUACAUUGGUUCAGCCAGCUUCAAACCUGAACAGCUGGGAAGAUUUAAGAGGAGCAAGGUUGAUGGAAGAAAAAACAAAAAGACAACCAUUCCAGAUCAAGUGGACGAUGGCAAUGUAAAAUCGGAUAUAGAUGGGCUAGUAUGA